AAUGAAAGACCAUUUAAGCACUACCGCGGUCCUCGCAUCGGAUGGUUGAUGGCUCCAUGCUCUGGUCCGGUUCCGCCUCCUUCGGCCGCCAACGGUACCUUGGCAUAAUCUCCGCCGCCACCACUCUCCGCCACCUCGACCAGAUCCUCGCCCACUCCAUCGUCUCCUCUCAUCACCCCGAUCUCAUCACCGUCACCGCCCUCCUCCGCCGCGUCUCCGAUCUCGGCGGCUCAGCGGCUGCCCCCCACGCGCUUCGCCUCUUCUCCUCGGUCGAAUACCCCGACAUCUUCCUCCUCAAUGUACUCCUCCGCACUCUCCCUCACUCCUUCGCUUUACCGCUACUCUCCUCUCUUCCCUGCCGCUACCCUCACCUCCGUCCCAACUCCUUCACCUACGCCACCGUUGCCUCUGCAGCAGCCGCCCGCCCCGAAUCGAUCGCUGCAUUACACGCUCGAAUCGUCGUUGAUGGCUUCGCCAAUGACCCCUACGUCGGUUCUGCGCUUGCCGAUCUCUAUCUCAACUCGUCCCAAGUAUCCAUUGCGGAAAAGGUGUUCGACGCAAUUCCUGAACCGGACACCGUUCUCUGGAACACCCUCAUAUCCGGGUUGGUGGACAAUUGUUCUUUUUCAAGAGCAACGAGCGUUUUCCAGAGGAUGAUGAUCUCCAACACUGCCAAAUUCAGUUCUACCACUUUAGCUGUCAUUCUCCCAGCUGCAGCGGAGCUCCAAGAUUUGAUCUUGGGAUCGCUGGUGCAUUGCUUGGCCAUCAAAUUAGGAUUUGCAUCUCUUACCCACAUUGUCACAGGUUUGAUUUCCAUGUACUCAAAGUGUGCCAAUAUCUGUGCGGCUGAAUUGUUGUUCAGAGAGAUUGAAUUCCCGGAUAUAAUUGCACACAAUGCAAUGAUCUCAGGCUACUCCAUCAAUGGUUUGGUCGCCUCGUCUGUCUGCUUGUUCAAGAAGUUGCUGGCUUUAGGUGUUGAGACACCAAAUUCAAGCACCAUGGUCGGUUUGAUUCCAGUUUUUAAUCCUUUCGGUUAUGAAUUGCUCGUGACGUGCAUUCAUGGUUUCAGUAUUAAAGCUGGUAUUGCUUUGAAUUCUGCUGUAUCCACUUCUUUCACUGCCAUUUACUGUCGAGUUGAUGAUAUGGAGUCUGCAAGAAGAGUGUUUGAUGCAAUGCCUAAGAAGAACAUUGCAUCUUGGAAUGCCAUGAUAUCAGGAUACACACAGAAUGGUAUGACAGAAAUGGCAAUAUCAUUGUUCAAGGAAAUGCAAGUCUCUAAUGUUAAGCCUAAUCAAAUUACAGUCACUAGCAUUCUCUCGGCCUGCGCUCAGCUUGAAUCUCUCACCUUGGGAAAAUGGGUACAUGACAUAAUCAUAGAGGAACGGAUUGAGCUCAAUGUCUUUGUUUUGACAGCUCUGAUUGACAUGUAUGCAAAGUGUGGAAGCAUUUCAGAAGCUAGAAAGAUAUUCAAUGAAAUGGAGGAGAAGAAUGUGGUCUCUUGGAAUGCUAUGAUAUCAGCUUAUGGUCUCCAUGGAAAAGGCACUGAAGCAUUGAAGCUUUUUGAGGCAAUGCUGAGUGUUAGCAUCGUGCCUACUGGUGUUACAUUCCUCUCUGUUUUGUAUGCUUGCAGCCAUGGAGGGUUGGUCGAAAAUGGUCAAGCUAUUUUCAAAUCCAUGCUCUGUGAUUAUGGAAUCAAGCCUAGGCCAGAACACUAUGCUUGCAUGGUAGACCUUCUAGGUCGAGCUGGGAGAAUCAAUGAAGCUCUAGAGUUUAUCCAGACAACACCUGAGAGUUCGGGCCCUGGUGUUUGGGGUGCCUUGCUCGGCGCUUGCAUGAUUCACAAGGAAAGUAAGCUAGCUCGAAUGGCUGCAGAGAAGUUGUUCGAAUUGGAACCUGAGAACCCUGGUUAUUAUGUUCUUCUUUCUAACAUACAUUCCUCAAAAAGAAACUACUUGGAGGCUGCCAUGGUGAGACAAGAUGCUAGAAAGAAGCACCUGCUGAAAUCACCCGGGCGCACCUCGAUUGAAGUGGGAGAUGUUAUGCACACUUUCACAGCUAACGGCAAUGUUCACCCACAGUCACCUGCAAUUUAUUCAGAGUUGGAGAAGAUAACUGCAAAGAUGACUGAGGAAGGGUAUCAACCAGAGACUGAUGCAGCUCUGUACGAUGUUGAGGAGGAAGAGAAGGAGCACAUGGUAAAAGUUCAUAGCGAGAAGCUAGCAAUCACCUUCGCGAUCAUCAGCACUGAUCCAGGAACCGAGAUCAGGAUCUUCAAGAACCUAAGAGUAUGCUUGGAUUGUCACAGCUGGACCAAGUUCGUAUCCAAGAUCACCGAGAGGUUGAUCAUUGUCAGAGAUGCCACUCGGUUUCACCAUGUUAAGGAUGGGGUCUGCUCCUGUGGAGAUUAUUGGUGAUUUCAUGAUCCAAGAGAGGAUAUAACUAGUGAAGUAUAUGAGCCAGAUUCCGAGAAUGGCAUGAAUUCUAAUUCACAUUUAACAUGCAGUAGUUUAUGCUUUACAUAUCA